AUGAGCGACCCUCAACGCGAUGCCCCGCCGUCGAGCGCCCACAUUCCCGCUGCUACCACGACCACCACGGUUCUGCCUACGACCAACGGCUCUGCCAAAGGCGAUGAGGUUCCCGAUGCCGGACUGAGGAGUCUCGAUCACUACAAGCGUGCCCUGCCAAAAUGGCGGUACAAUCUGCGCCAACAGAUGCUGCCUCUGAUCCGCUGGGAGACACCCUACCUUGCGUGGAUGCAAGAGAAGUUGCGGACUCCAGCUCUUGAUAGCUACUUCGCCAUCACUGCCAACCUCGGAACCCAUACCUUCUUCAUGAUCGGAUUACCCAUCUGCUUCUGGUGUGGUUAUGCAGCAUUUGGCAAGGGACUUGUGCAUAUUCUUGCGCUCGGUGUCUUCUGGACAGGCUUUAUCAAGGACUUCUACUCUCUCCCGCGACCACUUUCGCCCCCUUUGCACCGAAUCACAAUGUCUGGUUCUGCAGCUCUCGAAUACGGUUUCCCCUCGACCCAUAGCGCCAAUGCCGUAUCUGUCGCUGUCUAUGCGCUUCUGAUACUACGCAGUCCCGAUAACACGCUAGCUCCAACCACCAAAUUCGCACUCGAAUGCCUCUCAUACUUCUACGCUGCUUCGAUCAUAUUUGGGCGCUUAUACUGUGGCAUGCAUGGCUUCCUCGACGUCAUUGUAGGGUCUAUCAUGGGUGCCGCUAUUUCUCUGCUCGAAUUCUACUACGGACCUCCCCUGGAUGAAUAUAUGCACUCUAGCUCUUGGGCUGCGCCUCUCGUAGCUGCCUUGAUUAUUCUUGUACUCGUGCGCAUUCAUCCUGAGCCGGCAGACGACUGCCCGUGUUACGAUGACAGUGUUGCCUUUGCUGGUGUUGUCAUUGGUCUCGAAUUCGGUACUUGGACAUAUGGCAAGAUUGCGCUAGAUCCCUGGGAGACUCAUGCGCAUGGUGGAGGAUCCGUGGAUAUUACGCACUUGGGACUGGCUGCCAACGUGGCUAGGAUCGUUUUCGGCGUUCUUGUCGUCUUUGCGUGGCGCGAGACGAUGAAGCCUUUACUGCUUAAGCUCUUGCCUCAUCUAUUCCGAAUAUUUGAACAGGUUGGCGUGAACAUGCCUCGACGAUUUUUCACUCCUGCUAGUAAGUACAAGACUGUACCAACAGGCUCUCGUAUCGACACUCUUUUCCCUUCGCCGUCCGACUUCCCACGUAUGGUCGAGAGUAUCCGAAACCCUACCACCCGAGGUCGUUCUGUGUCGAUUGGUCCUCAGAGUGCCGCAGAUGCAUACGAGACCUUGGCGUAUAGAGAGCGCAAGCGGCGCGAGAGUGUCAGCAGUAACCAUAGCUUGAAGAGCAAGUCAAGCAACCUGGAGCUCCAGACCACGCAUGAAGACUAUUCUGGCAAGGGAGCUCAGGCGUCUGGUGCACAGGCAAACCGAAUCGUUGAAUUCGAGCAGAUGAUGGGAACCGGCGAGGUUGUGACAACACCAGCCGCCGAUGGUGAUCGGGUUGAGAUCUUUGUUACGGGCGCCGAGGACGGAUUGGGAGAGCGGGAGAUGUUCUCGCAAUUAAUCAAACCCCGUGUGCGAUAUGACGUCGAGGUCGUGACUAAACUCGUGGUAUACACUGGCAUUGCUUGGUUUGCAGUGGCUAUUAUCCCCAUAAUGUUUGAGAUUACCGAAAACAACAAUAAAGCAAGCGCAAAUAUGUCCGAUAUUGGGGAAGAGAUGGACGUUGAUGUCCCUGUUGUCAGCAAAGAUGUGAUAUUUUCCUCUGAAGCCAAGCAAGGCAAGCGAAGUGCUGCGAAUCUGCCAGUUGAGGCUGAGGAUAGUCUCCCUUGGGUUGAAAAGUACCGCCCAAACACCCUUGACGACGUCUCGGGCCAUCAAGAUAUCCUCGCUACCAUCAACAAAUUCAUCGACCAGAAUCGUCUCCCUCAUCUACUCCUCUACGGCCCUCCAGGUACUGGAAAGACGUCCACAAUUCUUGCCCUUGCUCGUCGUAUCUACGGAGCUGCGAAUAUGCGCCAAAUGGUUCUCGAGCUCAAUGCCUCAGAUGACCGUGGUAUCGAUGUAGUGCGAGAGCAGAUCAAGACAUUUGCUAGUACUAAACAGAUCUUCUCCAUGGGUGGUGCAUCUGCCCGCUCAGGCAACUCGAUGGCUGGAUUUAAGCUCAUUGUUCUGGAUGAGGCUGAUGCUAUGACGAGCACAGCCCAGAUGGCUCUACGACGAAUAAUGGAGAAGUACACCACCAACACACGGUUCUGCAUCAUUGCAAACUAUUCCCACAAGCUUAGCCCAGCGCUUCUGAGUCGAUGUACACGGUUCCGUUUCAGUCCGCUAAAAGAGGGCGAUAUUAGGGUGCUAGUUGACAAGGUAGUGGAAGAGGAGCAUGUCAGGAUUGGCGGAGAGGCGGUUGAUGCGUUGGUGAAGCUGAGCAAGGGUGAUAUGCGAAGAGCACUGAACGUUCUACAGGCCUGUCACGCAUCCAGUACACCAUUGCGAGCAAAGGAUGCACCCAAAGUGCCUGACAGCGAAAUUGAACGCGAAAAUAUCACAACGGAGACUAUUUAUAACUGCAUUGCGGCACCCCCGCCUGAUGCCAUCAAAGAGAUUGUGGCGACGCUGCUUAAGACAUCGGAUGUCACAAGUUGUUUAAAUACUAUCAACGCUCUCAAGAUGUCGCGAGGUCUUGCGCUGGCGGAUAUUAUUACAGCGCUUUCCGAGGAGUUGGUGAAGCUAGAGGUUGGUCCUGAGGUGAUGAUCACCUGGCUGGAUGGUCUCGCCAACAUCGAGCAUAGAGUCGCCGGUGGAGGCAGUGAGUUGAUCCAGACUGGUGCAGUCGUUGGAGUUGUCCGAAAUGGAGUUGAGUUGAUGGGCCGAUAA